AUGAAGAUCACCCCCGCACACCUCCUCGCCGGCCUGACAGCCUCGGCCGCUGCGGACCCCAUCACCAUCAAGCUUGAAGGCCGCCAAACGAACCGAAUCUCUGCCGCUGCUCGAGUCGCCAAGCGAGCUUCUUCUUCCUCGGUGGACAUCGCUUUGACCAACUGGUGGAACGUCACCGACUUCCAGUGGUACGGCAAGGUCUCUGUCGGUACACCCGCCCAGGAUUUCAACGUUAUCUUUGACACUGGCUCAACCGACUUGGUCAUCCCCAAGAAGGGCUGCACCACCUGCAGCAACUACACUCUCUUUGACCCCUCCAAGUCAAGCACCUACUCCGACAAGCCUGGCCAGCCGCUCAACCUCACAUUUGGUACCGGCGGCAAUGCCCAGCCUCUCGAACACGGAGCCACGCUGAGUGGUACUAUUGUAUCCGAUACUGUCACUCUCGGCGGUCUCUCCGUUGAGGACCAGCCCUUCCUUCUCUGUGAUAGCUACGAUAAGGCUUUGGGUGAGAACCCUAUUGGACUCAACAUUGACGGAAUCUUUGGCCUCUCACCCCCCGGAUCGUCCUUUUUCAGCGCCGCGUUGAACAAGACUUCCAACACGACCUUCUGGACCCUCGUCUCCUCCGGCCAGGUCCCCGAGCCCUUGUUCUCGCUGUACCUCAACGCAGGUGCCAACAGCGCUUCUGGUGAGCUCACACUCGGCGGAAUCGACUCGUCCAAGUACGACGGUGACAUUGCCUACGUUGACUUCAACGAGACCAUCACCAGCCUCGUCGGCGAGUGGUUCAUCGACCAACCCACCUUCUACGUCAACUCCGCGACGGUCAACAACUCCAAGACCGACGAAGCCUUCCCCGGCGCUGUCACCCUCCUAGACACAGGAACAGCGUACAUCAUGACCCCCGACUACCAGACCGCCAAGGACAUCUACGCCGCCAUCAGCCCCGAGAUCAAGCAGCUCGACAAGCAGGGCGUAUGGGGCGCCGACUGCGACGUCAUGGAGAAGCUGGCCCCAGAGCUGACCUUUACCGUCGGCGCCGGCGACAAGCUCGUCAACCUGACCAUGCCCAAGGACUCGUUCAACCUCGGCGAGCACGAUGCACACCCUGGAAAGUGCCAGGCCGUCAUCCUCAACGCACCCGAACCCCUUAGCGACCUCGCGUCUGUCUGGGUUCUUGGUGGUCCUGUGCUCAAGGGCUACUACACUGUUUGGAAUGGCGAGAAGUUGCAGCUUGGGGUUGCUAAUCUUAAGGCCUCCUCCACUUCUGGAGACGGAGGGUCGUCUUCGAGCACUCCUACCCCCGUGCCCACUGGAGGGGCGGGAGCUUUGGUGCCCACUGCCUGGGGCGUCCUAUCCAUUGCUGCCGGUCUUUUGGCCAUGAUUUAA